UCCAUCCGCGUCACCCAGACAACCCGCCUCCAGCAGCACCCGCGCCCGCACUGUAAACACCCAUCGGCCUGCUCCCACCCAACAAUUCGGACCAGGAGAUAUCUACAUACUCCUUUAACUUAUUCUACCUACCUACAUGAUACCGCCUCCAUCAAGGUAGUACUCUAUUACUCCGACGCUUUCACGGCCAUCCACCGCGAGGCGCGAACACAUGCAAGCUGCCUUCGAGCUCCUGGACACGAAGCAAUUCGAUACUAGCCACGACAUCGCCCUCUCAAAGACCUUCCCAGUGUUGCAUGAUAGAGCAUUGCCCGAUUAACACAGCAAUAUACUCACCUUCACGAUGGCCGAUAGCGACGACCAACCGCCCUCGCCAGGAGGGCCACUCAGUCCGAUGACUCCCGACCGCGCAAACCAGAAGCAACAGGCCCGCAACCUCUUCACAUCGCCUCGCAGCAGCCCCAGCGGUCGCGACAGCUCUGUGCACGACAAGAUAUCUCAGUUCAAUAACCUCGCCAUGCAGUCCAAGACACUCGAGCGCAAGACCGCCGACGCCGCCCUCAAGCGUGCUAUGCUGGGUCGCGAGGAAGCCGAGACCGAACUGCGCCGCUACCGCGACGAGUCCAAGGUCCUGCGUGUUCAGUUGGAAAAGGGCAAGGAGCGAGAGCAACGCGUCAGCGAGCGUCUCGAGACCGUCAUGGAACAAUACGGUCGCGCCAAAGAAACAUACGCCCAUACGAAAGCAGCAUGGGAGAAGGAGAUCAAGCUUGCGCGCAAAAAGACGUUCAAGAACGAGUCCCAAAUCAUCAAACUUCAAGAGGAGCUCAAGUCCGCCCGCGAAGGCUGGCGCCUGGCCUCGGACAACCUCGACGCCGAGAAGCUGCGCUCCAAGGCCCGCGAAGAAGAGGCUUUUCAGGCUCGCUAUCAAAUGGUCGGCAUGGAGCAGGAGCUCGGCGAGGCCUUUGAGCGCAUCAAGAUGCUCGAGCAGGAGCGUGACGCAUACAAGACCUUGGCGGCGGAGGAAGAAGUCGCUCGCAUAGCCGCCGAGGGUCGCAUCCCAUUACCCAAACCGCUCGACGCCGAACCGGACGACGAGUUUGCAUCACCCAAAAAGAAGAAGAAGGCAUCGCGAUUCUCGCUUUCGACGGUGGACAUAGUCUCCUCUGCCGCCAGCGAGGAAGAGAUUGAGGAGCUUUCUCUCCAAGUUUCCUGGGAACGCCAACGCGCAGACCGUGCAUACGAACUCGUCGACUUCUUGCAGGCCGAGUGCGAGCUGCGGUGCUGCCCUUGCGCCAAAACCCACAGAAGACAAAGCAUUAUCUCCCCGAGACAGAGCCUGGCUUCCAACAGGCCAAGCAUCAUGUCGCCGAGGCGCAGACUCAUGCCGCCGGCUGAGAUAGCUGACGCCAGUGAUCUGGUCAUUCUUCGCGGAAGUAGAGGGUCCUCUGCGGGUCGCCCAUCACUCGAUGCUUCUCAGAGCCCCCCGGCCGAUGAAAACGUCUUCAAGAAGUCCGAUGCUCCCAGGAGGUCGAGGGAGGAGCGCCGGAGCACCAUCUUCUGCGCCCGCGAGGGCAUUUUCCGAACGGUGUCUCUACAAGAGGCCGAGGAGAUCGAGGCCCAGCGGGAGCAGGAGAGAAAAGAGCACGAAUCCAGCGAGGAGUCUCCCAAUGAGCCUCCCACUCCCCACGAUGCUCCCCCGAGGUUCUCGCGCACACCCUCUCUCGAACCCCCUGACUUUGCUGUCCUCGCCCAGGAGCGCAUGUCGCUGGCAUCCCUCCUCAAUGCGCCCCACGGCGGCGCCGACGGCGAAGCCCACACCGCGCCUCUUCCCUCCAUCCCGACCAUGCCUGACAUGGAAGACCGUCCAGCGGCUCGUUUCUCAAGAAGCCCCUCGCCGAGCCCCAAAGAUACCGUCCGCCCACACACAGCAGCCGCGUUCUAUACCAAGACGACCACAACGACCGUUCCCGUCCGUGAUGAUAAGCCAAGGCCCCAGCCUAGGGUCGAACGCGGCCGCACGCCAUCAGGUGGCGACUGUCAGAUGUCUUUUGACAUCAACAACCCCGCCAUGACCCCAACCAUGACGCGCGAGGAGGCCCUGGCCCGCAUUCGCGAACGCCGAGGACGGGCCCGCUCCAUUGCACAAGGCACAGCGACGCCCCGCAAGAAGAUGAUCGAGGGUGCUGGCGAACGGCGAGAUGUUAGCGCCCCCGCCGGUCAGCCGUAUCCCAAGGCGAAGGUGUAGAGUUCCUUAUUGUCCGACGCGGGCUCGCCGGGUAGGAAACAGGGCACCGCCGGAUCAGUUCGCCCCAGCAAGGAUGUCAUCUCGCCCAACGUACAUCACGGGGACUAUGAUGUCGUCUCGCACUACGUUGACGAUGAGGCCUAUCCCCGAUUGACUGAAGCCCAAAACAUCACAAUGCGGAGCCGCCUGUGGAAGCUGACGCGGGACUCGCUCGCGCGCAGCUCGUUUGGCUGGUCGGCGACACGUACAUAAGAGAAGAAACAACAGAAACGCGCAAAACGACACGGGAAAAGGGAAGGCGUUUUGGUUCCCGGGCACGGGAAGUGGCAUACCCAGGAGCUUUCCCGCAUGGCUCAGGCGUUUUUCUUUACAUUUUGUUUUUCUUUUCCCAGGUGGAGGGAGGAUUCGUUUGCUACUUGUUGUUCGUUCGGCUGGCACCCUUCUCUCUAUUGUCUGCAUAGUCAACGGCGUUUCUCUUGAGCCGGAUUUGAAAAGGGGUAACGGCCUACCUUUCUCCGGGGGGAGGGGAAGGGCUGAGGGAUAUUUUGUUUUGACGAGGAGUUUUCUUAUUUUCCCAAACCUCAACGAUUGCGAUUACACACAUAUGCACAUCCUGCUGGGUCGCCUGGUCUGGUUUUCGUCACCUUUGACUGCUGUGCAUUAUGAUGAAAAUGAGGGGGCUUUGGGAGCUGGACUGGAGAGCGCGAUGGCAGUAUUGUGGUUCCAUCGCCUUGUUCUUUUUUCCUUCCU